UAUUUUUUGGAAAACAAAAUUUCAGGCGACGCGCAUGAAAGCUUUGCCAUUUCGUGAAAUUAAUCCAAUCCUAGGGAGCAAUCGAGCCUCUCAUGGCGGUGGUGUCUGCAAUGGCCAGCCCAUGGGACACGGUGUUGGAGCUCACUAAAUUGGGUCAGGACAGGGCGGCCGACCCCCUGGUGUACGCUCUGCAGAUAUCAUCUACGCUCAACGCCGCCGGCGUUUCCAUUCCCUCCACCGACUUCGCCACUAUCCUCGUCUCCCACAUAUGUUGGUCCAAUAACGUCCCUAUUGCUUGGAAAUAUCUCGAGAAGUGCUUGACGCUCAGGGUUGUCCCUCCCCUCUUUGCUCUUGCUCUCCUCUCUACCAGAGUUAUCCCUAACAGAAAGAUCUAUCCUGUGGCCUAUAGACUGUAUAUGGAACUUUUGAAAAGAUAUAUCUUCUCAUUGAAGUCUCAGAUUAAUGCUCCGCAUUAUCAACAGACAAUGGAGUCCAUCAACGAGAUUCUUAAUCUUUCCCAGGCUUUUGGGCUCCCAGAUAGUGAAUUUGGGUUGUUUAUUGUGGCUUUUAUUUUUACAAUUGUGAGGGAGUUAGUUGAUGCUUCACUCGAUGAUGAGGGAUUGCUGGAGCUCUCAGCUGAAAAGGAAUCUAUGUGGUCAAUGAGAACACAAGAUAUGGAGAUAGACAAUCAUGAUGCAUUUAAUGGGAAACGAGCAGAACAAUAUGAGUUAUUGUCUAAAAAGAAUACUAUAAUGGCCACUGAAUUGCUUUGUGAAUUUUUCCGGAACAAAGUGACUUCCAGAGUAUUAUUCUUGGUGCGAAGGAACAUGCCUUCUUAUUGGGAGCCCUUUAUCAAGCACGUGCAGUUGCUUGCCUCAAAUUCAAUAGCUUUGAGAAAUUCAAGAAGUGUUUCACCAGAGGCUCUUUUGCAGUUAACAUCAGAUACAGAUGUGUUCCUGUCAAGGGAAGGUAAAAAAAGCACACUUCACCGGAUGAAUGCAGUAGUUGGAUCUUCACUUGUAUCUUGUCCCAGCCGAAGUCAUGGAACCAGCCCAUCAGCUUACUGGCUGCCCAUCGAUCUCUUUCUUGAAGAUUCCAUAGAUGGGUCACAAGUGUUAGCUACAAGCGCUGCCGAAACACUUACUGUUCUAGUGAAGGCUCUUCAGGCAGUUAACUGUACCACUUGGCAUGACACAUUUCUUGGGCUAUGGGCUGCGGCACUGCGGCUUGUUCAAAGAGAAAGACAUUCAUCUGAAGGACCAGUACCACGUCUUGAUACGUGCCUAUGCAUGCUGUUAUCUAUUACACCACUUGCAGUUGUAAACAUUAUUGAGGAAGAAGAAAGGGAACUCCUUCAUGCUAAUCAAGGAAAGAAUUGUUUAGGAAAGCGUCGUCAAGACUUAGUUUCAAGUCUAAAACAGUUGGAUGAUUAUGAAGGUUUGUUGUCUCCACCACUACAGUUAGCUUCAGUGGCAAAUCAAGCCGCUGCAAAAGCGAUGAUGUUUCUUUCAGGUCUCACUGUUUCCAGUGGAUACUUUGAUGGCAUGAGCUUGAAUGACAUGCCUUCGAACUGCGUUGGAAACUUGCGACACCUGGUUGUUGAGGCUUGUAUUGCCAGAAAUAUUCUGGAUACAUCUGCGUAUUUCUGGCCUGGAUAUGUAAAAGGCCGAUGCAAUCAAAUACCAUGUGGCAUUUCAGGCCAAACACCUGGCUGGUCUUCAUUGAUGAAAGGGUCUCCUUUAACUCCUCCAAUGAUGAGUAUGCUGGUUUCUACCCCAGCCUCAAGGUAUGACAAGUUGCAGUUGUCUUGCGUCCUUAAGUCCCUUUGUUAUAUUUCAUCAUGCACUUAAUGCAAGUUAUUGAUGAUAUAUGUAAUCAGGCGCUUAAAAUAAUUGCGUAGUUUUCUUGUCAUAUGAAAUAAAUGGGACAAUCUAUUACUCCCUCCGUCCCUAAUAACUUUGUCAAAUUUGAUCGACACGGGGAUUAAUAAAGUAAAAAUUGUGUGGUCGAGGUUUGUGCAGAGGAUAGAGAAUUAGAUAAUUAACUGGAACCACAAAUUCUUUACUUAAAUGGGAAAGUGGCAAAGUUAUUGGGACAUCCAAAAAAGGAAAGUUGGCAAAGUUAUAAGGGACGGAGGGAGUAAGAUGUAGAAUGAGAAGAAGAGCUCAAAGCAGAAGUACGAACGGCGUGAAAAUUUGGUGAUGUCUUUUCAUACCAAGUGUUUUGUAAUACACAGUUCGGUGGAGAUAUUUAAUCUAUUUAAUCAAAUGUGGAUGAUUUUUUUGCGCAAUUACUACUUUUUUUUACUGAUACACUACUUGUAUCAUGCAAGUGAGCCUUCUGGUGUGCUGUAUGGGCAGUCACAAUGCUACAAUGAGACAUGAUGAUUUUGAAGGGAAAAGCCUGUUCGUUUCUCUCUACUAAUGUGACUUUAACACCUAAAUUGUUUGUUUAGCGGAAUUGGAGAAAAUAUAUGAGUUCGCGGUAAGUGGUUCUGAUGAUGAGAAAAUUUCUGCUGCAACAGUUCUCUGUGGAGCAUCUCUUACCCGUGGUUGGAAUAUACAGGAGCACGUUGUGAUGUUCAUCACAAGACUGCUUUCACCUCCCAUUCCUAAAGAAUACACUGGAAGUGAAAGCCAUUUGAUACGUUAUGCUGCUUUUCUGAAUGUCCUUCUUGUCGGAAUAUCAUCUAUUGAUGGUAUACAGAUUUAUUCCUUGCAUGGAUUGGUCCCACAACUUGCUGCUGCACUGAUGCCAAUCUGUGAAGUCUUUGGUUCUUGUGCACCCACCAUUUCUUGGGCUCUUACCAGGGAAGAAUUAUCAUCCCAUAUGGUAUUUUCAAAUGCAUUCACUCUUCUGCUAAGGUUAUGGAGAUUUGAUGAGCCGCCAUUUGAAAGUGUAAAUGGGGAAUUAUGCCCAGUGGGGUCCCAUGUAACUCCUGAGUAUUUAUUAUUGGUGCGCAACCGUCAGCUGGCUGCAACUGAAAAUUCAUCAAACGAUCAAAUCAAGUGCAAGCGGUUUUCAAGGCUUUUAGAUCCGUGGCAUAGAGAACCUAUAUUUAUGGACUCAUUUCCAAAGUUAAAAUGUUGGUACAGGCAAAAUAUGGCAUGUAUGUGUUCAACCCUUUCUGGUCUUGAACAUGGAACUCCUGUUCAUGAAAUUGUGGAAGCAUUGUUGAAUUUCAUGUUCAGAAAUCUAAGCAGGGGUGGACAGCCUCUUACACCCACUGCUUCUGGAAGCAGUAAUUCAUCUGGGCCUGGUGGUGAAGAUUUAUCUACCCGUCUUAAAUUGCCCGCAUGGGAUAUUUUAGAGGCGGUUCCCUUUGCGCUUGAUGCGGCCUUAACGGCCUGUGCCCAUGGAAGGCUUUCACCUCGUGAACUAGCUACAGGGAUUAAGGACCUUGCUGAUUUCCUUCCUGCUUCUUUGGCAAUAAUAGUAAGUUACUUCUCAGCUGAAGUAACAAGAGGAGUUUGGAAGCCUGCACCCAUGAAUGGAACUGAUUGGCCAAGUCCUGCUGCUAAUCUAGCUUCAGUUGAACUGCAGAUAAAGAAUUCAUUAGCAACUACCGGUGUUCAUGUCCCAAGUCUUGCUGUAGGUGGAAGCUCCAUUUCUACUCUACCACUGCCCCUGGCAGUGCUUCUCAGUUUCACCAUAACUUACAAACUUGACAGAGAUACCGAGCGCUUUCUCAACUUUGUGGGACGUUCCAUGAGUAAUCUGGGCACCGUCUGUCCCUGGCCAUCUAUGCCCAUCAUCGUCUCCCUUUGGGGCCAGAAGAUAAAGCGGUGGAGUGACUAUCUUACGUUCUCUGCAUCCCGUACCGUAUUCCACCACAACAGUGAUGCCGUUGUCCAACUUCUUAGGGUCUGCUUCAAAGCCACCCUUGGGUUAAACAGUUCCAUCACAGCAAGCAGUGGUGGGGUAGGUGCACUUCUUGGUCACGGAUUCGUCUCUCAUUUAUCUAGUGGUACAUGUCCUGUUGCUCCUGGAAUAAUGUACUUGCGUGUCCAUAGAUGCGUUAGGAACACCUUGUUUAUGACAGAGGAGAUUAUUUCCCUUGUGAUAAGUUCUGUUGAAGACAUUUCAAACAGCGGCUUACCAGUCGAGAACCUUGAGAAGCUCAAGAAAACGAAAUAUGGGUUGAGAUAUGGUCAGGUUUCACUUGCAGCAGCUAUGACCCGUCUCAAGGUAGCAGCUUCACUAGGGGCGUCUUUGGUUUGGAUAACCGGCGGUUUGAGUUUAGUCCAAUCUCUGAUAAAAGAAACUUUACCCUCGUGGUUCAUAUCCGUUCAGAAACCGGAACCCCAAACUGGAGUCGAAAUGUUGAGGGGAUAUGCGCUCGCGUAUUUCACGGUGCUUUGCUUAGCAUUUGCGAUGGGGGUGGAACCAGUGCUUUCACCUGGUUCUAGGCGAUCCAAGGUUCUCGUGAGGCACAUGGAGUUUCUUGUAAGUGCAUUGGAUGGGAAGAUAUCCCUGGGGUGUAAUGAAGCCACGUGGAGAGCGUAUCUCUCAGGGUUUGUUAGUGCGAUGGUGGUUUCCACACCAAACUGGGUGAGGGAGGUUGAUGUUGCGGUUGUGAAGAAGCUGAGCCAGGGGCUAAAGCAGUGGAAAGAGGAGGAGUUGGCUGUGGCCCUUCUUGGAGUCAGCGGGGUGGGUGGAAUGGCCAAGGCUGCUGAAAUGAUUAUAGAGCGUGGGGUUUGAAGUUUUCCUAGAUCGAUGGAUUAAGUCAUAGAUAGGCUAAUCACAACCAUGUUUGGGAGUUUUUUUGUUUAUCAUAAACGGUUUUUAGAUUUGUAAUAUAGUUAUCACAGUUCAAAUAGUAGUGCAGUUUUUUUUAAUAAUAUAGUUAUCAUAGCAUUAGUAGUAUUUUGAAUUUCGGAUUCCUAUUAGGUUCAUAACUUCAUAUCCAUUAUUUAUCCAUAUAACCAUUGUAAC